UGUUGUCAAACUUGCCAAAUAGCAGUGUCCGUGAUUCAUGUGACAUUUAUAGUAUUUUACCAAAUCAGAAUGACCCUGCUACUAUUUUGAGUUGUUUGUUUAUAACUUAACAGCAUUUUUGAAAAGGAGAUUUCGAUUUCUGUUAAAAGAAAUCAUAGUUUUAUGACAAAAUAUUGGAACUUAUUUUGUGCAACAUAUUUUGUCUUUUGACUUGAAAAAUCUGAGAAAUUCAAAUAUUUAUUUGAAAUAAUAGGUACAGUGUAGAUACAGUAAGUAAAAAAUAUCUAGAACAAUGAAGCUUUAUUGUAUAGAAGUGCUAUUCAAAGAUUCCAAUGGCAAAGUUAGGCUUCUUGCUGCUACACAUGACCUUCAAUCUUUUGGAUAUUUUCAAAGGUCAAGUGUCAAAGAGUUUAUGGAUUUCACCAGUAAAAUCAUUGUAGAAAGGACAGCAAUUUGUUCAAGGUCAUCUGUCAAAGAACAAGAAUACAUAUGUCAUGUGUAUGUUAGAUCUGAUUCACUGGCUGGUGUUGUAAUAGGUGACCAUGAAUACCCAAACAGGGUGGCUCAUACUUUAUUAAAUAAGGUUUUAGAUGAUUUUACAAAUAAAGGGCCAAAGGCACAGUGGUCUAUAAGUAAUCCUGGAGAUAUACCAUUUAAAGAGUUAGAUGAAUAUUUAUCAAAGUACCAGGAUCCUAAAUCGGCUGAUGCCAUGACUAAAAUACAGUCAGAACUAGAUGAGACAAAGAUUAUACUGCAUAACACAAUAGAAGCUGUUUUAGAUAGACAUGAAAAAUUGGAUAAUCUGAUAGAAAAAUCUGAUGGAUUAAGUAUGCAGUCCAAAGCAUUUUAUAAAACGGCAAAGAAGACAAAUUCUUGUUGUGUUAUAUUAUGAUGUGAUUCUGUAAUAUAUACCAGACGUCUCUUCAUGGAUUGUAAGUGUACCAAGAAACAGUUUUAAAGAAUAUACGAUAACAGUUUAAUGUCAAAAAUAUUUUUAUCCAUUAACACAUACCAUGUUGUAGAGACAGUAGAAAUUUAACAUUUCUUAUAAGACCACCAACCUACCUACCUUCCUCAGUUGAAGUUUUGUUUCCAUUUGGCAAUAAUACAAGAUUUUUCAAUGUAUCAAAAUAUGGGAAAAAUAAUCAUUUUGCAUAUAGAAAAUGUUUGAAAUAUACUGGUCCAUUUUAUUAUAAUAACAAACAUAGUUACACUUAUUGUUGUCACAUUACAUCUUUGUCCCAAAAAUAUAUGUAAAAAGA